AUGAGCGGCGGCCGCGUCGGGGGAAUGGCCCGCGCCGAGGGCUUGCCGGAGGGGGCCGCCCCGGGCGUCGGGGUCGACCUGUACGCGCAGGCCAGGAAGGCGCUGUCGCUGCGGACGCCGUUCGAGGGCGAGGGGACGGCGCCUAGGGUCCCCACGCUGCCCGCGCGGCUCGUGAGCUGGGCGGGGCAGAGCGACGCGCGGAAGAAGCACAAGAAGAUUCAGCCUCAGGACGUGGCUGAUGCGGAGCACCCGCCGCCGCCAGCUACAGAGACCUCGGCGAAGACUGGCGUGUGGGAGCAGUUUGAGGCGUAUUUUCGGCCAGUGAAUUUGGAUGAUAUUAAUAUGUUAACGCCAAACUUUCCGUUCAGCUACGGCGGGCUCGAUUCAUGCAUUCUCGUACCAUUUUUGGGCACUCCCAAGGAAUUGCUAGACACAGCUGAGACAUUUGAUGUGGCUGUGGCUGAAACCAGCUCGUACUUGGGUUUGGGCGGUGAAGAAAGAGUCAGUAACAAAGAGCAUAGCGAGCGAAGCGAGCAAAGUGUUGAGCAAGGCAUACACGAGGUGAUUGUGCGACAGUUCAUUAGUAACAAGGAGCACAGUGAGCAGAGUGUAGAGCAGGGCAUACAUGAGGUGAUUGUGCAGCAGGAGAAUUGGCCGUUGGAAGUGGAGCAAGCUACUAACAAUGCUGGUAUCAUGUCAUCAAAAUGUGAAGAGGAGGGAGAACCGUCACUGAAUUGGUUGCUAGGAGCAAAGGAACGGUUUGUGCUCACUUCAGAGCGACCCAACAAGAAGAGGAAGCUCUUAGGUGUAGAUGCUGGGUUAGAGCAGCUUGUGCUGCUUCCGCGCUCAGGAGCUGAGGCUAGCUCUAUAUGUGAUGUUUGUUGUUUGGGUGAGAGUGGUACAGCAUCUAAUAGCAUGCUCAACUGCAACAGUUGCAAGGUGUCUGUGCACCAGAAGUGUUACGGUUUGCAUCUUGUGCCUGAUGGUGAGUGGUUGUGCACUUGGUGUAAGGAUUUGGAGUCAACAGCACGGUUGAAGAAAGAUGCGGAUAGCACCUCGUCAAUACCUUGUGUUCUAUGCCCAAAGGAGAAAGGCGCUUUAAAACCUUUCAAAGGGGAGGCCGCUCAAACAGCGCAUGUAGGGAACCUAAAACAUGUGCACUUGUUUUGUAGUCUUUGGACCCCUGGAGCCCUUGUGGAAGACAUGGAAUCAAUGGAACCUGUUACUUAUGUUGGAAGCAUCCAGGAGAAUCAGAGGAAAUUGGUGUGCAGCAUUUGCAAGGUUAAGCAUGGUGUAUGUGUUCGAUGUAGUCAUGGAACAUGCAGGACAGCUUUUCAUCCAAUAUGUGCCCGAGAGUCCAAGCAUCAAAUGGAGAUAUGGGGAAAAUUCGGGCAUCCUAGUGUUGAGCUGAGAGCAUUUUGCUCAAAGCAUUCUGCUAUUGGGUAUAUAAAUUCUGUAGAGAGAAGUAACUGUGCAUCUCAACAGAGUCCUACAGAAGUGAGGCCAAAGGAUGCAAACCUUAUCACUGGAAAGAUACCAAAACUAAGAUUCACACGCAAGAACAAGGAUAGAUUCAUGAACUAUGAAGCCACUAGCUUUAACUCUAGUACCCUUGUCAAAGUAGAGACCAUAGAGCAAGCCUCUUUACCCCACAUUAUUAAAGGUUCAGACUCCUUAGCAAUUGAAGGGAUGGAAAUGGAUGCUGACAAUCUAAUGAGAAACUCUGCAGAUAUUGCUGUUGUUCUUAGAAAGCUAAUUGAUCAAGGAAAGGCUCGCGUUGGUGAUAUAGCAUCUGAAGUGGGUAUUUCUUCAGAAUCUUUGGAAGCUGCUCUUUUGGGUGAAACUACCACCUUUUCCCAUGGUUUGAAGCUGAAAAUUGUCAAGUGGCUCCAAAAUUCUCAAGCAAAGACUCUUAAAGGGGACUCAACAGUGGUGCAUAAUAGCAAACCAGGCAGAUUUGAGGAUACAGGUGGUGUCAAUGUGAAGAGUUCAUUGGUUCCAUAUGAUGAGAAAGGAACAACAGUUGACUUGUCAGAUUCUGCUGUGAUGAAGUCUUCAUCAAGAUCUAAAGAUAAUAACAAGAUGGUGAGGGAUAACAAAUCAAUCUGUGCAACUGGAGUAACUUGUUUGCAGAAUGGAUUUAAGAAGCUGGCCGAAGCAGGCACUGAUGAUGAGUGUUCCCCUGCUGAAAAUUGUGCUAAAGAACAUACCCAAACUUUUUGUCCUGUUGGAGGCAAAGAUACUCCAAAGAAAGAACAUGAAGAAUCGAUAUUGAACAAGAUCUUUGACGGCACACAAUUUGGAACUUCCAUGCUGAUAGCAAAUGAUAACAAAGGUACAUCUUCUGGAAACAAAAGAGAUAACUUGACUGAGGGUGAACCCAGUCCAGAGCAGGAGGGUUUCAAUUCAUUGAAUCAAUGUUUAUCUCCGCGCAAUAAUGCAAAGCGUGGAUUGAACUCAGUUGAAAAUGGUGUUGGGAAUAACCAUGAUUGCAAUACAGAUAAUGUGCCUGGACAACCCUUUUCCAACCUUGAUGAUUCACAUUAUUAUAUCCAUCCACUCAUCAAGGAAAAGAUGGCUCAGCUCUGGGACAAUAAGUUGAAGCAGAAUAAGCUGACACAAUGUCAUUCUGAAGAUCCAGUAUGUUCUCCUGAUGAUAAAAAGACUCCGGAUUCCUCUAUAGAACGUACAGAAACAACAGCUGGGAUGGAUCAAGUUUCAAAAGCAAAAUCCUUAGGUAUCCUUGACCACUCACCGGAUGACGAAGUAGAAGGAGAAAUGGUGUACUUGCAAGCCAGGCUACUUGACACUGCUGCCGUUCUGAAGCAUAGAUAUGAAGAUUUAAUAGCAAAGGUUGUCCAGAAUCUCUCUCGUGAGUUAGAUGCUUUUAGUAAGAGAAAAUGGGAUUUCAUCUUCGUCAAUCAGUUUCUCCGUGAUGUUAGAGAAGCUAAGAAACGUGGGAGAAAAGAGAAGAGACAUAAAGAAGCUCAGGCCAUUCUGGCUGCAGCUGCAGCUGCUGUUGCGGCCUCCUCACGUAACUCGACUGUGAGAAAAGAUGCAAAUGAUGAUGUAGUACCUGCUAAUCAAAAGAGUUCUCCAAAGUCUGGCGCUGGACCUCCAAGAGUUGGCCAGCGGACUUCUUCAAUACUACGACUCAAGGAUUCAUCAAAACCAUCCUACAACAAAGUUUCACAAGAUAAUAACUGCAGCGCUUUUCAUAUGCCGAUUUGUUCCAAAGAAAAUGCACUAUACUGUGAUGUAUGCAUGCGAAGUGAGACUGUGUUGAACCGAAUAUUUGUCUGCUCCAGAUGCAAGGCUGCUGUCCAUAUAGAUUGCUAUAGAAAUCUCGAUAAUUCUACUGGCCCCUGGAAGUGUGAGCUUUGCAAAGAUAUUUCACCAGAAGCUGCUUGUGUUGGUGAUCAAACAGAUUGUAAUGGCACGGACCUAUCCUUGGUGCAUUGUGAUCUGUGCCAUGGCAUAUCAGGUGCUUUUAGAAAGACUGCAGAUGGAAAGUGGAUUCAUGCUUUCUGUGCUGAGUGGUUGUUGGAGACCAAAUACGUGAGGGGACAAGAUAAUCCUGUCAGUGGAAUGGAAAGUCUUGUAAAGGACAAAGAUACUUGCUGUGUCUGCCUCCUCACUGCUGGCUCAUGUCUAAAGUGCAAUAAUGGAGACUGCCAAACCACUUUUCAUCCUUCUUGUGCUAGACAUGCUGGUUUCUACAUGAACACAAAAGGAUUUGGUGGCAUGUUGCAGCACAAGGCGUAUUGUAGCAAACACAGCAUAGAACAAAGGGAGGCUGAUAUGCAACAGUAUGGACCUGAGGAGUUUAACAGCAUGAAAAGGAUGAGGGUUGAGUUGGAAAAAUUGCGACUCUUGUGUGAGAGGAUAAUUAAGAGAGAAAAGGUGAAGCGUGAGAGGAUCCUAUGUGAUCAUGACAUACUUGCCAAAACAAAGGACACACUUGUUUUCUCCUACCUUGCACAUGGAGCAAGUUCAGAAUCUGCCACUACUUCUGUUAAUAACAAAUCAUACAGUAGCACCAUGCAGAGGUCUGAUGAUGUCACAGUGGACAGUACUAUUUCUGGGAAAAAGGCAAUCAGGUUUUCUCUGUCUAACAGAGAUGCUGAGAUAAACACAGCUGAUAGCUCAAGGACACUGAUAUCGUUCAAAAGGAAGUUGAGUGAAAGGGGAUCACUUGCUGGUAAGCAGCUCCCACAAAGACCAGUUACCUCCUUACAGAAAUUGGAAGGUGGAGAAAAGAAGACAAAAGAUAAGAAGCAUAGGGAAACAUUUCAGAAGGAACUUGUUAUGACAUCUGAUCAAGCUUCUACCCAGAACCAACGUCUUCCAAAGGGAUAUGCAUAUGUUCCUCGUGACUCUCUUUCUAAAGAGAAGCUGCGGAAUCGAAACACACAGGCCCAUGAACCACAAGAGCCUGGUGGAUAG